AUGCUUGCGAGUGUGCGUACAGGCAAUACCCUAAUAAAAGCGGCGGCGCAAAACGGUACAGUGACAUUAAGCACGACUGGCCGUGUAUCGUACGAGAAAGUUUUAGCCGGAGCCGACACUAAGCAGGUAGAGCUCAUGAAGGAGCAAAUUGUGCAGGUGGACGAGCAGGGAUACGUGAUAGGGCCAAUCAGCAAGAAAGAUGCGCAUAUCCAUGAUGGCGUGCUGCACCGCGCUUUCAGUGUCUUUGUCUUCAAUUCUCAAAACGAACUACUGAUUCAGAAGCGUGCACGCAACAAAAUCACGUUUCCUGGUUUUUGGGCUAACACGUGCUGCAGCCACCCACUCUAUACUAAAGAUGAGCUUGAAGAUGGUAUUGGCGUAAAGCGUGCAGCCAUCCGAAAACUGGAACAUGAGCUCGGUAUACCCACCUCAACAUUUGCCAUAAACGAUCUGACCUACGUCUCCAGAGUCUUGUACAAGGCCGCAUCUGAUGCCAAUUGGACGGAGUACGAGAUGGAUCACAUCUUAUUUGCUCGCGGGGAUGUUUCGUUGAGCAAAGUUAAUGAAAACGAGGUCGAGCAGGUUGAAUUUGUUGCGCGUGAUAACUUGCAGACACUUCUUAGCAAUCCCAAGCGAAAGUUUUCGCCGUGGUUUCGCCUCAUUGGCUCAAAGAUGCUGCCGAAUUGGUGGAACGAACUCGACACUGUGCUGAAGAACGACAGCACCUGCCAUCAGAUUCAUGACUUUCGCAAGUCCGCCAACGCUCAGGAAAAAACCAGCUUGGUCAUGUAUCAGCUACAGUUACGAUCUCGGAUUAGUAACAGACAAGCGAGGCAAUAUUUUGCACACAGCUCAAGUUUCUAA